GGAGGGAGGGUAACAUCCGCAUCUCAUGUAGCACAGUAUCGGAUCAACCCGACCUAGAUAUUACAUUUGAAGGGUGUCUUAAGCCCUGAUAUACCCGGCGCAAAGGGAAGAGAUACGCGUUUGCACAAUAGUUCUUUGAGCACCGAGUUUUGGUUGGAGACGUUUUGUUCUAAUAACAGUUUCUGGUGGACUAGCUAGCACUCUCAUCAACACACAGGUUAUGAACUCUCUCGUUUGUUAUGGGGUGUCGUCUGAUUCUGAUAGCGACAGUGAUGUGAGCAAAUGCCGCCAAGAGAGAGAAAGGGAACAUGGGAAGAUCGAAAUGGCCCCAAAGACAACAACAAAGGAACGCAACUUCCUGGUGGAAUCAGGAGGCUCUGCUUCCAGCGAUUCUGAAGACGGCGAAGAGGAGGCGAAGAGUGAUGACGACUCUCUUGCCAAGCCUCUAACGCCCAUCAUGCAGCACAUCACUAAGGUGCCUCCCACUGAUGCAUCCACUGCAAAAGCAAGCAAGCUGCCGCCGCCACCUCUUGGAGGUGGUGGCCUGGUGGGCAGUAGCGUUUUCGCCAACCCAUUCAAGGAACGGGCCGACGAGCGGCUAAACGUACUGCAGAAGCACGUGCCACUGACACUGCAGGCCAGACCUACAGAGAUCGGCGGUAAGAAAAUGUGCAUAGCCUACAGAAAGGACGGCCGCUGCCGAUUUGGCAGCCGCUGUAAGUACGCCCACGACAGUGAUCUCCAAAGCACCGCAGCACUGGCCUGCAUGGGGACGGCGGAGGAGGACGGGACGGAGGCCGGCUCAGACACGACUGGCCUAACGCAGGCGGCACCUCCUCCUCCUCAAACCCCUGACUCUCAGACUACUACUUCAUUCCUCAGACGAGGGCAAGAGGAGGAUGGGACAGAAGAGGAGCGAGCCAGGAAGAAAAGACCCGGGCUCAGUAACACGCUUAUUCCUCCCAAGAAGGCACUGAAGCAGUUUAACAUGCAGAGGCAGAAGGACAGAUACACCCCUUUCUGAUGUGACACUCCAUCCAAUGCUGUAAACAAAAUAAGAGUAUUAGUACAUUGGUUUUAGAUUAGCAUUAUUAUAAAGGAUGUAAUAGUAUAAACAGUUUUGUUAUACCAAGGCAACAAAAUAGACCCAGUCGGCAACUCUGGGCCCGCUCAUGAAAUGGUUUGUUUUCCCCUCCGAAUGCUCCACCCGCUGUAUGGUAUGUAUCAGCUAAUUAAUAUGCCUGAUGACUGGUAUGUAUCAGCUAAUUAAUAUGCCUGAUGACUGGCAGUGAUUGGUACUGCACGACCAUGGGUGGAGCAUUUGAAGGGGAAAACAUGCAGUUUCAAGGGUGUGCCAAAGAUGCUGACUGGAGCUAUGUCUCAAAUCACGCACUUAUGUCAGUGCACUGACAGUCAGUACACAGUGCACUGAGGUCUUUAGUGCAUAGUGGCGUGGAAAAUUUUUGAGCACUAUGCACUGUGAACUCGCUGGAAGUGACGGCUGAGCAUGGCAUUAGCUCGCCAAAAUAUGAGUUGGCUACUGUUUACAUUGCACAGCGUCUGGUGCUUGUAUUUCCAUUUCCUUCACCCCAAAGGACAACAAUCACACAUACAAUACUUUGAUUGGCAUGAAAAGGUUGGUGUCCCAUCAACAUUACUUACAGAAUUAGGAGACUGUUGACCAAACUCUUCUACUGAACUGAAUGCCACAUUUCCUCCGUCAACAUGGCCGCCGUUUAGUGUGUGCAGUGUCCAUCAUUCAAGCACUGCAUUUUUCCGCCAUUGUUAGGGGAUCAUCCUGGCACUUUCAGUGCACUGGCUCAACUGAAAUUUUCAGCGUGAGCGCCCUAGGCACUGAAAAACAGUGCCCAAAGUGCAUAAGUGCGUGAUUUGAGACACAGCCUGGGUCUAUGCUCUGGACCAGUGAUGGCCAUGAAAUUAUGCAUAUUUCAGGAAAAACUGCAGUUUGUCCAUCCAUAUCCACCCCCUCUGUCCAUUCCACAGCCACUGUUACAUCGCUCAGGGCUGUGUGACUGACCAUGUUUUCCCCCCCGUAACUUCCAAUGAGAAUUUGCUACUGUUUGGUUUAUUACCACAUUCACACCUACUUCCAGCCAUUGCACAGGUUCAAGUUUUUUUGUGAUACAAAUAUCUUUUUUUGCUCACGCUGACAGUAAAAUCUGUGAGACACUGUUUUAUUGUUUAAAAUGGCAAUACAUCACUUUUCAGUGUUG